AUGAGCAGCAUCAUCAGCAGAGAACAACUUCCACUCUCAAACAAGCUGAGAAAGCCAAUAGUGGAGAAGAUCCGCAGAGAACGAAUCAACAGCAGCAUUGAGAAGCUCAAGUCUCUUCUGGGUCAAGAGUUCCUAAAGCAACAGCUCGACUCCAGACAGGAGAAAGCUGAAAUCCUGGAGACGACGCUUGAUUUCUUGAGACACCAGCAGCGCUCCCAGAAUCCCUCGGCCUGCAGCUCUACUGCAGCUCGUGACGGACGCUCCAGAUGUGUGCAGGAGGCCGUCAACCUCCUGUCUCAGUGUCCAGUGCAGACUGAGUCCCACAGAAGACUGCUGAAGCACUUCCUACACAUGCAGCCCUACACAGAGAACAACACACGUGUGCCGCCUCAGCUCAAUUCACCAGCCGCACAGAGCAGCAGCAAAGAGCAAACUCUGGAGUUCUGGAGACCCUGGUAGAGCCACGAGGACCCGUAUGAUUUAUCAGACAGAAUUUAUUAUGCCAGUCUGAGAUUGGCAUGGACUGUAAUUCUAAUGUAGGAAUUGAUUUCCACCUCUACUGCUUAUGCAGGACCUUUAAUCUGCUUUCAGAGAAAGUUUGUGUU